AUGUGGGCUGUCGGCAUCCUGGGCUGGCUGCUGCUGCUGCUGCUGCCAGUGUCCCGGGUGGCAGGUGCCCGACCCUGCAUCCCCAAGGAUUUUGGACACGGCUCGCUGGUUUGUGUGUGCAACGCCACGUACUGUGACACGCUGGACCCCCUGGUCCUGCCGACCCCCGGCUCCUACGUCAAGUACGAGAGCAGCAAGGCCGGCAAGCGGCUGGAGAGGAGCGAGGGGAGAUUCCAGAGCAGUCUGCGCACCCCAGGGCUGCUGCUGACCCUCAACAUCUCCACGCUGUACCAGCAUGUGAAGGGCUUCGGAGGGUCCCUCUCCGAUGCUGCUGCCAUGAACAUCCUGAAGCUGUCACAGCCAGCCCAGGACAACCUGCUGCGCUCCUACUUCUCUGAGAGCGGGAUUGAGUACAACCUCAUCCGGGUCCCCAUGGCUUGCAGCGACUUCUCUGUGCGCCCCUACAGCUAUGAUGAUGUCCCUGAUGACUAUGAGCUGAAGCACUUCAGGCUGGCGGACGAGGACGUGAAGAUGAAGAUUCCCCUUCUGCGCCGAACUUUGGCCAUGAGCAAGCGGCCGCUGUUGCUGUUUGCCAGCCCCUGGACUGCCCCAGCCUGGAUGAGGAGUAACGGGGAUGUCCGUGGGAAAGGGACUCUGAAGGGGAAGGCAGGGGACAAGUACCACAAGAGCUGGGCCAACUACUUCAUCAAGUUCCUGGAUGAAUAUGCCAAACACAACGUGACCUUCUGGGCAGUGACGGCGCAGAACGAGCCACUGGCGGGGCUCCUCACACCCCCCCAGGCCCCCACCAUCGCCUUCACGGCCGCACAGCAGCGGGACUUCAUCGCCCAGGACCUGGGCCCCGCGCUGGCCCACAGCCCCCACCGCACACGGCUCCUCAUGCUCGACGACCAGCGCAUCCACCUCCCACACUGGGCCAAAGUGGUCCUGGGAAACGCCACAGCUGCCCGUUAUGUGGCUGGCCUGGCGGUCCACUGGUACCUGGAUGCCAUCGUCCCGCCUGGCUGCAGCCUGGAGGCCACCCACAAGCUCUUCCCCGACCAUUUCCUCCUCUACACAGAGGCCUGCACUGGCUUCUUCACGUUCCGCUUCGCCGUGUCCCUGGGCUGCUGGGAGCGGGGGGACCACUACAGCUACAGCAUCCUGACGGUCAUGAACCACUUUGUGUCUGGUUGGACCGACUGGAACCUGGUCCUGGAUCUGGAGGGAGGCCCCAACUGGGUCAAGAACUUUGUGGACAGCCCAGUCAUUGUGGACGGCAGCAAGGACGUUUUCUACAAGCAGCCCAUGUUCUACCACAUGGGGCACUUCAGCAAGUUCAUCCCCGAGGGCUCCCGGCGGGUGGGGCUGCACAGCAGCCGCCGUUGCCUCCUCUGCCAGCUGGAACACGUGGCCGUCCUGCGCCCUGAUGGUGCCCUUGUCCUGGUGGUCCUCAACAGGUUUGGCCGGGAUGUGCCAUUUGGAAUCCGGGACCCUGCCAUGGGCUUCAUUGAGACUGUGGCUCCAGCCCACUCCAUCCAGACCUACCUGUGGCGGCAGCAGUGA